UCUGGGCCACACAAUACAGGCAGCAGGCGCAUUGUUGCUGUUAUCCACAAGGCCUCUCUUUCAGUCUCGGGACGGCUAACCAUGCAUGUCACCCAGCUCAACCGCGAGUGUCUCCUCCACCUUUUCUCCUUCCUAGACAAGGACAACCGGAAGAGUUUGUCCCUUACCUGUCACGCGCUGCGCGAAGUCUUUCUGGACCCCCGCCUAUGGACCGUGCUCCACUUCAGCUCCCCUUGUCAGCUGACCCGGGACAACUUCGUGCUGGGACCCUCGUUGCGUUACCUGACGGUCUGCUGGUUCUCGAGCAGGGUCCUGCAGGUGUGCAACAUCGAGGACUGGUUGAAGAGUUCGUUUCAGAAGGACAUCUGCAGCAAACACGAGAGCCUGGUCUCCACUUUCCUGGCCCAUGUCUGCCACAUGUGUCCCAACCUUCUCUGGCUGUCCCUGUCUGGCUGUGGACACAUCACCGACAAUGAUGUGAUCUCUGUGCUGCAGAGCUGCAGGAAACUGCGCUGCCUUCACUUGGAGAACUGUGUCCGCAUCACUGACUGCAGCCUGCAGGGUGUGGCGACGCAUGGAGAAAGUCUGGUGGAGGUAAAGGUGGACUUCUGCAGGAACGUCACUCAGGCAGGGCUGCAGGCUAUCAAAGAAAAGAGGCUGUGCAUCCAGCUGAGUGCAGAGAGGAGUGCUGAUAUGAUCCCAGACAGCAAGCCUGAGGAGAGGCUGCCACUCAGGAGGACUCUGCAGAAAGUCCUGCAGUUCACCUGAUAUAAGAGCUGGAGAAAAAGGACGGACAUUUAUUUCAAUGUUUAACUUAUUUAAAGACUUGACUGUGAGGCCUUUGUUCUAAUUGGAAGUGGUUAUUAGAAGUGUUUUGCACCUUUUUUAUUUUGUAUAUGCUUUUAUACAACACACAUUGAAUGAAUCUUCCUUACAAAGACAUGUGCCUUUUUAUAUCUGUUCCCUGUUAUCCUAACCAGGGAUAAUUCCAUUCACACUCAAAAUUAAGGCUGUAUGUUAAUCCAGAUACUUCAGUAAGUACACUGCUAUGUUGAACACUGUGUGCACUAGGAACUUACUUGCAUAGUGUGUGCAUUUCAUUAGGGUAGUAAAGCAAAGUCAGACACAGCAUUAGUGUAUUCACAGGUUGCCUUAUCAGUAAUUCACAUCAGUAAUGUUUCCUUGUCGUUAGUUGAUGAGCAGUCAAUACCUACAACUACAACUGCCGCGUAUACAGUAUAUGGUAAAUUUGACGUUACAGUCAGGCUAGCGAUUUCCAGUUUCAGUUUCCAGUUUUUAUGCUAAACUAUGCCAAUUGCUGCUCAAGCUACACAUUGACCAUUCAGAUGCAGGAGUGGCAUUCAUCUUCUUAUUAAUGCUCAACAAGAAAGCAAAUAAGUGUUUCCCAAGAUGUCAAACUAUUCCUCAAAAUAGAACUUGAUAGUUUGAUUAAAACAUCACACACUUUCCCCAGCGGACUUUUGCACUCAUACAGUACGAAAGAACAAAAGGUGUGUGUUACUGUGUGAUCUGUGUCUGUUGUGAUAAGACAUGUCAGAGCUCGGAGGAUGGGUUCUCCAAGGACAAAUUGUCCCUGCGCCUGUGAUUAGAUUUACGUUAUAUAAGGUUGUGAGACAUAUGAAAGUAGGUUGAGUGCGUCUGUCUGUAAAUGCCAUGUGACCAAUGUACUGCUGCAGGAUACUCCCAAUCCUGUGAGUGCAUCUCUAAAGAAUCAACAUACAUUUUCACUCAGGGUCAACUUAAUGAAGAAGCCUUUUUUCUAUCCUUAGAGAACAUGGGCUCAGAUUUUGUUCUUGAACUGGGUGGAGCAAAUCUUCACGUUCCCUUUAAAAUGUUACAAUACUGUUUUUCUAUUAACUGUGUUUUUAUACUCAGUGUGUAUGAGAGUUGUUUUUUUAUUUAUCUAUUUUAAGAAAAUGACCAUUGCUUUGCUAUUACAAAAGCAAACACAACUUUGACCAGGAUUCUAUGUAUGAUUUCUGCUGAGGCAACAAUGAGGAGUGUAUUGAUCCAUCGUUGCAGUGUUAAAGAGGACAUAUAAUGGUCAUUCUCAGGCUCAUAUUUGUAUUUUGUGCCUCUACUGUGACAUGUCUCCAUGCUUUGAUGUUCAAAAAUGUGUUUGUUUUUAUCAUACUGCCUGUCCUGCAGCAUCUCUUUUCACCCUGGAAAGUCCUGGAGUGCUAUCCAAUCGAAGCUCGAGUGUAACAUAAGAUUCCAAUGGAGGAGUUUCAGGCAGGGGGGGUAGUGUGUGUGUGAAACCUUUACUUAAUCCAUGCUAGCCUUUGCAGAACAUUUACAUGCACAAAAACCUAUACAACACUCUACAGGAAAGGGACAACCCCUAAAAAGUGUGUUAUAUAGAACAGGCACUUUCUACAGCAUCAUCAUGCAAAUCUUAUUUGCCGAAUUGCAUUAAGAAACUUUAUUAAGAAAUAUAUUUUUGAUUUUUCAUACGUAAUGAAACAUAAUGAACAGUAUGUAUUUGGAGUCCAUUUGUUGUAGACAAUCAUUGAAAAGACAUAAAUAUAAUUCCUGUAAAACCCAACAUUAGCACAUUAAGUUGAUAAGAGUCAGAAUAGAUAUACAUUCGAUCAAAUUAAACAGAUACAAUUAUGUUAAUAUAUAGGCUAUCCCUUCUUAUUAUAGCUCUCUUUGUCAAUGGUAUCUAUUUAAUGCAAACCAGCCAUGUGUGAGGAUAGCAAAGCAUGUGCUGUUUUAACAUAAAAAGAAAGCCCUAAACCAUUUAUUCAAUUACAACUGCUGUUUCACAGAGGCUCACUGUUUAGAGGCCAAACAUCAAAUGCUGCAUUAUUCACCAUAAAGAAAUAUGCCUUAAGUGAUUAUGGGUCAAGAUUUAUGGGUUCCAGGUGGCAAGUCCUAAGGCUCAUCCGGCUGCAUAUAGGACGCAGACAUGUAACAGCACAACUGUAUCAAAGCAUAACUCAUCUCCACUAGAGGCAAUGAAAUGAAAAAGUAGAUUUUGAAAGACCUGUUGCCCAGAUGCAUGUCCUUAAAAGAACUGCCUUUUGCAGAGCAAGUUCUUUAGAGGCAGCUGCAGCCUUUUCGUUACUAAGUUAUGCAGCUUAUUCUGUUUAUCGGAAUUGUGAAUAAAGUAUCCAGUCUUCACUCAAAUGGAAUCCAUGGGAAAGUAAUGAACAAAAGGACAGAUUGUGCCUGAGAGGAGUGUAUUUUGAAAUUGUCCUUUUAUACAAUGAUAUAAACAACCAUUUUAUGUCUCUGUGACUUUAAGUUUGAAUUAUUGUGAAACACCAUGAACUUAAUUUAUUGUAUCUGCUAUUCAGAUCUCAAACAUUUCAUGAAAUUUCUGGUUUGUUUUUUAUCUUUACCAACAAAUUCAGAUAAAUUGCAUCUUUUAUUCAGUCA